AUGCAGUGCAAUGACAACUGCACAGUUCAGCUCAGUGGUCACGAGGUAUCAUGUCGACGUCAGAGCUUAAAUCAGAGUCCAUGCAGCACCACGUCGACGUCAGAGCUUAAAUCAGAGUCCAUGCAGCACCACGUCGACACACAAAAGCAACAGCAGACACAAAACAGCAGACACAAACAGCAGACACAAAAGCAACAGCAGACACAAAACAGCAGACACAAACAGCAGACACAAACAGCAGACACAAAAGCAACAGCAGACACAAACAGCAGACACAAACAACAGACACAAAAGCAACAGCAGACACAAAACAGCAGACACAAACAGCAGACACAAAAGCAACAGCAGACACAAAACAGCAGACACAAACAGCAGACACAAACAGCAGACACAAAACAGCAGACACAAACAGCAGACACAAAAGGAACAGCAGACACAAAACAGCAGACACAAACAGCAGACACAAAAGCAACAGCAGACACAAAACAGCAGACACAAACAGCAGACACAAACAGCAGACACAAACAGCAGACACAAAAGCAACAGCAGACACAAACAGCAGACACAAACAACAGACACAAAAGCAACAGCAGACACAAACAGCAGACACAAACAACAGACACAAAAGCAACAGCAGACACAAAACAGCAGACACAAACAGCAGACACAAAAGCAACAGCAGACACAAAACAGCAGACACAAACAGCAGACACAAAAGCAACAGCAGACACAAAACAGCAGACACAAACAGCAGACACAAAAGCAACAGCAGACACAAACAGCAGACACAAACAACAGACACAAAAGCAACAGCAGACACAAAACAGCAGACACAAACAGCAGACACAAAAGCAACAGCAGACACAAAACAGCAGACACAAACAGCAGACACAAACAGCAGACACAAAACAGCAGACACAAACAGCAGACACAAAAGGAACAGCAGACACAAAACAGCAGACACAAACAGCAGACACAAAAGCAACAGCAGACACAAAACAGCAGACACAAACAGCAGACACAAACAGCAGACACAAACAGCAGACACAAAACAGCAGACACAAAACAGCAGACACAAACAGCAGACACAAAAGCAACAGCAGACACAAAACAGCAGACACAAACAGCAGACACAAAAGCAGGAGCAGCAACCAAAAAACAAAAAAAAAACAAAUACAAAAUUCAUGGGUGUUGAUAGCUGAGGUUUCUGGCUCAUCUCGCACAAAGAAUAAGGCGAUGCUGCAGGCAUAUCCCGUCUAUACGGUCGUUAGAAGAAGCAGGGGGAACAACCUGCCAAACUGGUUAAGCUAG